AUGAAGCAAAUCCAUCAGUUGUUUAAGAAAAAAGAAAACGAAGAAACUUGGGAACUAUUUGAUCAAGCACUCAAGAAUAUCAAGAUAUGGGCUACUGUGGAUAAGAUUCAUCAAUAUCCUGGAUUUGUGGAUCAUAUCAAGUUAUUACAACAACCUAUUAUCUCAGCGUUGAAUAGCGAACGAACGCGACUUGCAGGAUCAGCUAAUGAAUUAUUACAAGGUUUAUCCAAGGCGAUGCAACGAAAAUAUGAACUUAUUCAUGAAUUAUUUUUACCAACCUUGAUUAAACUCUUUUCCCGCACCAACAAGCUUCAUGUACGACACACUAUGACGACGUUCAAAACAAUAGUGGAAAACAGUAAAGUACCACGAACAACCCAUCGAUUAUGUUUGAUUUUAAGGAAUCAUAAUGAUGGCAAUAACAACAACAAGGCAGUGAAAUAUCAUGUGACAGAAUGUUUGAACACGGUGAUCCAAGUCAAUGCUACAAGUGAUCUUUUACGUUAUGUGGAUGAUAUUCAAGAUGCUAUUCGAAAUACGGCCAUGGAUCCCGCACCUGAAGUCAGAUCUAGUAUACGAAUGUGUUAUAAGCUUUACUGUGAAAAGAUACCCACUCAUGCAUCGAAGUAA